AUGAGCCGGUAUCUGACCCCCGGCAAAAUCACUUUGCUGGUGGUGGCUUUCCUCUAUGCGGGUGAUUUAGUCCCGAUUAAAGAAGCCGCAGCUGUGCUGUCAUUCAUCCUUUCCCACAUUGUACCGACACACAAGCCUUUGUCGUCACUCCAGACAGAUCAAGGUGUUGAGCAUGCUUUGCCAAUCUCAGCAUUCGAAGCGGCUCUUUCGUCACAUCCAUCAGCACGACCAGGAAGGACACUGUAUGAUUUGCUGCUCAAGAGACUAUGGGCUAUUGACUGCUCACAUGCGCUUGAGGCCUUCAUUGCGAAUCUGCCAAUCCACCUGAGGAAGUCAAGGGAGCAGAUCCUACUUGAGCGCGAGACCGGAGAGGAGUUCUUCCAGAAUAAUGGCCGGAUCCUUGGGACGUCACCUCUGGGUUCGUUCAUCCGUCGCUGUUACCUAGAGUAUAUCAGGCUACAAUUCCAGGAUAGCAUCAUAUUAUGGCAGGACUUCGUUGCAUACAGGCUUCCCACUCGGCAGGCGUAUGAGAAGAAGAAUCAUGCAGAAGACGAAAACGCGCUCGAUUCCAACCUGGCUGAUAUGAACCUCGACUCGUCUCAUGCUCUUACUCAGAUCAUGUAUGGGAGACUGACGGAAGAGGAACAGCAGCAGCGUGGAGCAUACAGCAUGUACGAUGUGGAGAAAUUGAUGGAGUUCCAAGCUUCUGAGCUCCAGCGGCUUGGUGGGAGACUGCCAGAUGGAAUGAAAACGGUUCUACAACAGAUUUCCCGAGCCGGCACCACCAUUCCCAAAAUGGCACAUUAUCUGGAUUUUCUCGACAGUUGGCGAGCUGGGGACUAUCACUCUGCGUACGACAAUAUUCAUCGUUACUUCGACUUCGCCAUGCAGACCCAAGACCGAUCAUUUUACCAGUACGCGUUGCUGAACCUUGCUAUUCUGCAAGCUGACGCUGGCUAUCCGGCACAAGCGCUUCCAGCCAUGCAAGAAGCCAUCGCCGCUGCUCGAGAAAACAAGGACACGACCUGCCUUAACUUUUGCAUGAGCUGGGUCUACCAUUUCGCAAGAUCCUUUCCGGGCAAGUUGGACGCCAUCCGAGAUAGCGGCAUUCUUGGAAGCGAGGUCGAAGGCCUUGCCUUUCUCAAGGCGAGAGCCAGAGACGCUGAGAUGUGGAGUCUUCUGAGCACGACGUUUCUGGGCGAGGCGAAGCUCGGCCUCCAGUACGGGGACAGCCUUGCGGGUGUGUUCGAAAACAUUGCGAAAGCAUCACACAUCAACAUUGUCCGGUCCACACAGCGUCUCUCUGGAGCGACACUCCUCAUGAAAGGACCGGCCUUUGGCCGGGUCGGCCUUACUCACGUCGGUUGGUGGUACAGCCAGAUUUUUAUGCAAUGCCAUUCCAAAGACGCGUCUUUGGAAGAUGUGAUGAAGUGCACUUGCAGAUUGGCUUCUCUUCUUGUACAACGUGGACGUUAUGAUGAAGCUGAGGAGAUGUUGAACAAUGUCCCAUCACCUAUGCUGCGAGUGGUGAAGUUCCAGAAAUACCUCAGUCUUUAUGGUGGGCUACUAAGAAUCAGGCGGUUUCUACAUCGAGGCAACUUUGACGCCGCGGAACGCUUGCUGGACCGGCUCCGAGGACGGGGUUCACCAGACGUGGAAUUGCGGUUUUCUCUCUCCAUCUUUGAAGUCGAGUUGAUGUUGCGCCGAGGUCUGCUGGACGAAGCACUCCAGAAGGUUGAAGACUUGGGUCAAACAGCGGUCAGGAACCAGGAGGUAAACGACGUCACGGUGCAGAUGCGACUGCUCAACCUCAAAACCAGAAUAUUGAUUCAGAGUGGCCAGUCGCUGAAAGCAUUUUCCUUGAUCACACGCGCUGUACGAACCGCCCACAGGGCACGACAUCUAGGUGUUUUGUGGGAAUCCAUCGGUCUUCUCGCCACGAUCCUCAAUGAGUUGCGGGAGUUUGCUGCAGCAGUAGACCUGGUGCAGUCGAUCAUGCCUCGAGUCUUGGAAUGCCAUGACUGUGGCCUUGCGGCGCGCUCCUACUCUGUACUCGCGGACGCCAACAUGGGUCUUGCCGGAUUACAGAGCAACGAGUCCACAAGGCAGAAGGAGCUCCUUGGACGAGCCGUAGAGCACCUUGACCGUGCAUAUAUCCAGUUCCGACACCUCGAAGAUGUGCGGUGUCAGCUGGAUGUGUUGAAGAAAAAGGCGACGAUCAUGCAUUGGAAGGGGGAUCUCGUGCUGGCGAACGAUACAGCAACGCAGUAUCUGGACUUGCUCAGGGAGUACAAGGCUCAAACAAAUUGGACGGAGUAA